AUUUUUCUGUAUAAAAAGAGGAAGGAUCAAAACUGGUCCAAACGUGAAGUGCAAUCGUUGACAAAGAUGGGGUUGGAAAAACUAAUCUUAAAGAUAGUCCUCAUGUUUGUCCUAUUCCUAACUGUCUAUGCUCGUAGAUGUAGAACUCGUAACAGAACUAGAAUAUGUGUAAAAAAUGAGCCAUCGUCGAUUUUUAUUGACAAAUUAUUGUCUUCUUUGUAAAUAUGACGACUCCGGAAUGGAUCUCUCACAACCUUUUCCAAAAAGCUCUCAAUAACUAUUUCAACGAAAACCUCCAACUUGUCACUUUUACAAGCACCAAUGCCGUACCAGAGGGUGAAAACUACACCAGUGACCUUUUCCGAUCAACCCUUAUUUACAUGAAUCCCAAAAAAAAUACAAAACACACAUUGUCUGUUAUUGUCAAAUGUGGUAACGAAGAAGGUGGUGUUAAAACAGAUCUGGCUAAAAAACUACAUCUCUUUGACAAGGAAAUCGAAAUGUUUACUCGGACAUUCCCGGCAAUUUACGAGAUUUUGGGUGAGUACUACACGCUUUCAUCCAAGUGUCUCUACGCCUGUAAUGAGUCCCAUUCGGUCAUCAUUCUCGAAGAUCUAACAACUCUCAAUUUUAAAAUGUUGCCAAGGCAUAUCGGUUUUGACGUCGAACAUUGCUUCAAAGUUGUGGAAAAAAUGGCCCAAAUGCAUGCAGCUUCGGUAAUUAUGUAUGAAAAUGAUCCUUCUUUGGUUAAAUGUUACUCAGAGGGGUUGUAUGCCGACAACGAAAUGAUAAGAGAGUGGGUAAGUGCCGGUUACGCAGCCUUAAGUGAUGCUUGUAAUCGGUGGCCUGGUUUCGAAAAGUACGGCUACAAGCUAUCGGCCCUUGGAGAUGAAGCCCUUGAGCGUGGUUUCAAGGCUACUAAGAGGCGACUCGGGGGGUUUAAUGUCCUCAAUCAUGGGGACUUGUGGGUGAACAAUAUGAUGUUCUUGUAUGAGCAAGAUGGCAAAUUGAAGGAUAUGCGUUUUGUCGAUUUCCAAAUGAACAUUUUUACAAGUCCUGCAAUUGAUUUGCACUAUUUCAUAGCGACGAGUACUAAAGUUGAAGUCAAGUCUGAUUGCGUUGAGAUUAUUUUGGACCAUUAUUAUGCCCAAUUGUUGGCUAAUUUGGCUAAAUUGCAAUAUUCGUUAGAGAGAGUUCCGACACGGGAACAAUUCAAGAAAGACUACAAUGCGAGGGCGUUUUAUGGUCUCAUGGGGGCUGCCACAGUCUUGGCUUUUGUCAAAGCGUCGAGCCGAAAAGACGCCUCUUUUGAAAAUGUGAUGAGAGAUGGAAGUUUGGAUGGGUUUCGUUACCACGCUUAUAACAAUGAAAGAUAUAGGAAGCACAUGGAACACUUGUUACCCUAUUAUGAUAGUUUUGGGAUUCUGGACUAA